AUGGCAGAAUUUGAUUCUACACAAUUACAAAAAUCGUUAGGUGAUUUGUCAAAAUGGGAGAAAGAUAUGUCACAAGUUGAGAAAGAAUUAGAAAUUGAUAGAAUUAAACAAACACAACCAUUAUAUGAAAAAAGAAGGAACAUCAUCAAAACAAUUCCAAAAUUUUGGUAUAUAAUAUUUGCAGAAAAUGAUGAUUUAUCAGAUUAUAUAAAUCCUGAAGAUUUAAAAUAUUUAGAAUGUAUUGAUGAUAUUUUUAUAAAUUAUCCAAAUUUAGAAGAUAAAGAAAAUUUUAGAGAUUUUGAAAUCACAAUAAAUUUUAAUAAUAGUGAACUAAAUGAAAAUCAACAAGUAAUAAAGAAAUUUUAUUAUAGAAAAAAUGAAAAUGGUGAAGAAAUAAUGGUAUCUGAUCCAGUAGAAAUAACUUGGCCAAAAGAAUUAGAAUCAAUAAAUCCAAUAAAAAUAAAAGAAAGAAAUACAGGCAAAACCAUGUCCAAAGAUGAUAAGAAAAAUUAUAGACAAGGUAUGAAAUCAUUUUUUGCAUAUUUUCAAUGGACUGGGGAAAAACAUGGUAAAGAAUUUCGAAAUGGUGAAGAAUUAACAAAUUUAAUUGUUGAUGAUUUAUAUUUAAAUGCUUUAAAAUAUUAUGCAAUAGCAUUAUCAAAUGAGAAUGAUGAUGACGAUGAAGAAGAAGAUUCUUCUGAAGGUGAAGAAUUAGAUUUAAGUGAUAAUGACGAUGAAAUUGAUAAAAAGAGAAAAUUGGACGAUAUAGAUGAUGAUACAAGCAGUAAAAAGGCUAAAUAG